GGCCGCCGAGCGCCGCGCUGCCCUCAGUGCCCGCCGGGACUCACCGAGGCGCAGGGGCUGGAGGUGGCGCUGGGGUUUCAGCCUGGUGCCACUGAAUUCAUCAGAAGGAGUCACGUGAUGCCAUGUUCUAAGUUCAGUACAGAAGAGUCUGUUGGGCUGUGCCAAAGCCAAAAGACAACCUACAGCAAUUUUGAACGUGGAAAGACAUAGCAACCUUUGGGAUUAUUGCUUAGCAACUGCAAACACAGAGAAGAGUAAAACUCACAGCCCAGCUCCACAGCAGGUCUGAGAAAUCCCUAAUUCACUUCAAGAUUUUUAAUGGUUGAUGGACAUUUAUUAAAUCCCUGUUGAUUUGCAAAGCCACUUUGAAUACAGGAGGAAUAAGAUCUAUUUUGAGACCUGCUCCAAAGUGCUUGAGGUAUGGCUGCUCAGCCAGAAGAAUCAGCCCAAUCUGCAGGUCUACAAGAUCCUGAACUUGGACAUAAGGAUGGGACUGCAACAGCGAUGGAAAGCAAUCAGGGGGGUGAUGAGCUGCCAAGUCCUAGGAAUUACACUUCGUGGAAAGAGUGUUUUCAUGAAAAGGUACAACAAAGGUGUCUGAGUCUGCAGGAGACAAAGAUGAGGUUGGUUCAAGCACAAAAGGCAGAAGAAGCAAAGGUGAGGAGGAGAGAACCUGGGGACUGGCUGGCCAGAGAGUGGUACAAUGAGGAGGAGGGGACACUCGAUACUCGCCUCUAUUUGCUCGACAACCUCCUCCCUACAUUAAUCCCAGGAACAGAAAAUUUGUUAAUGGCAGUGGAAAGAAACCAUGUGCUUGUAUCAGACCAAGAACCAACCAAAUUUAAGCCCAUCAAUUAUCUUGCAGAAUACCUGAUGAGGCAUAACCCUCAGCAUAGCGUUCCUACAAAGCCAGGCCCAUACCUGAGAGAAAUGAAGGUGGUCUCGGAGGAGCUCAAAUCUUUGAGGCAAGGUACAACAUCACAGAGGCUGGUCCAGAUGAGGGCUGAGGCAAAGAGCAAACAUGAGGAAAGGGAGGAGGUGGAAAGACAGAAGGCUGAGGAGACAGCAAGGAGAAAGGAGGUGUUGGCAGCUCUGUUCAAGGAGUGGACAGUGGAUGGCCAUGAAAGAAUCCCAGCAGCACUGGUUCAGAGUGCCUUGAGGUUUUUUCCAGAUGUCACUGAUUCUAUUCCUGAAGAUAUGAGAAAAGCAACCCAUGACAGGAAGCUGAAAAUCUUGAACACAUUGGAAAAGCCAGUAUACCUAGAUGAGUUCACAAAGCUUAUCCUUUCCUACACCGAACAUGUUUCAAGUGACAAGUUCCAAGAAAUCAUGGAAUAUCUCCAUAAGUGUGCUGAGGACUUCCAAGAAGCAACAAAACAUGACACACGGAGGCAAAUUUUUAUUGGCCUCUUCCGAGUUUGUGAUUAUGGAAAGGUUGGUGUCUUGGAUAGACAAAAAAUACUGGCCCUGCUGAGACACUUCUAUGACAGAAGGCCCAUGACUGUUAAGUCGGAACUCUGGAACCCCAGAGAAUGGCCAAUAAUUGAGCUGCAAGAUAUUAAUCUUAUGGAUUUCUGGGGAAGCCUUGGUGACCAGGAAGUUUGUGAGGAACUCAGUGAAAGUUUGCUCUUGUCUGAAACAGAAAUUUCUGAGGGAGAACUUUUAGGAUAUGAACCUGUAGAUGAUGAUAGGCAAGAGUCUGACAAAAUGAGCACCAGUGUUACAGAAGGAGUUGUUGAAGAAAUGGGUAUGAGUGAAACUGAGACUGGAGGAAUUUCCAAGGAGGAAACUGAAUCAGCAGAGCCAAGUGCUUCUGAAGUGAGCAAGGAAGGUGAGGAUGCCAUGUCAGCAGUGGAAAGCACUGGCCUUGAAGCUACUGAUCUGGAUGGAGAACCUAGUUCUGGAAAACCAGAGGAAUCCAUCCUGGGUAGUGAGCCUGAGGCAGAAACAAAACCAGAAGAAGAUUAUACCUCAGACAGAGAACCUGGAUCAGAAGGACAAGUUAGUCAAGAGGACAGUGGAGUUACAGGGACAUCACCUGAAGCUACAAGCACAACCUCAGGAGAGGGAGCUGUGACAGACACGGAUGUCACUGAUUCCCAACAGGACACUCCAGCUGCAGAGGCUGUGAGAGAAACCUCUGCAAGCAACAACAGCCAGUCUGACCAACAGACAGUCUCAGAGACAAGACUGCAGGAUGAGAACCUUCUGCAUGACCAGGACUCAGAUCCCGGCGUGGCAAGAAGGUUUGCUGCAAGCUGCCUCACCCUGCCACAGUUUGUACAGCUCAUGGACAAUUUUGUUGGUGAAGACAUUUCUCUGCCUAUUGUGAAGAGGCUUGUUGCAUUUAUCAAAGGAGAAUAUAAACAGACAAAAGAGGAAAAAAUGAAACAACGAGAAAAAGUUCACCACAUGUCUCACGUGGCCCAAAGGAAACAGCUUUUGGAGGCACUUUUUGAAAAGUGGGACAGCAAAGCAUGUGGGUCCCUGGACCUGGAAGAGGUGAUUGCUGUUCUGAGCAAAUUCAAGGGACACAUGGGAAAAGAGGCCUUGAUGAAGGCAAAGGAAGAGCUUUGCUCCCUAUACCCACAGCUCAGUAAAGUGGGGAAGCUAUCCCCAAAGGCAUUCCAGAUUUUCCUUGAUUUAAUUGCUUCCAAGUUCACUGGCAAUGAGGAUGAAACUAUGGAUAACUUGGUGAGUUUCCUGACCACAAGUGUGGAACAAAGUCACAUCAAGAGCUUGCAAAGCUCAGCCAGGAGGAAAUGGCUGCAGGAUAUCCAGAAAGCGGCUGAGACCAGUGGAACAAGCAUGGAACCAGUGUACAAAGCAGUGAUCAAGGCCCUGUCCCAGGACAUGGAAGCUCAUGGGGGUAACAAGACGGUCAGUGCAUAUAUUGCCCUUCUGGAAGAGAACCAGCUCUCCCCAGAGCAGGGACAGGUUCUCCUGCGCUACGUGGCCUGUACUGCAGACGAUGCUCCCUACAUCCUAAACCGAGUACUGCACAGAGAGAUGAAAGGAAUCAGCUUUGCAGCCAUUGAGCAGGGAAAGCCAAUCUAUGUUCCAAGAGUUCAGCACCACGGAAACAUUCACUUCUGGAGCUCUGACGACCCUGAGGAGGAGAAAAAUGGUUCACUCCUUGUGCUGCCCCUGUAUGAUGCUCACUGGAGAGUUUUUGGCAUUCUAGGACUUGACACUCUUCGGGACCAGAGUCAUAAAUCCAUCUUUCUGACCCAUGAGAUCACUUUCUAUGAGGGAGUUUGCCAUGCAUUCAGCAAAGCCUACCACCACGUCUGCAUGCAGGAAAAUGUCCUACAAGUGGCUGUCACUGCUCUGAACUGGUUGUAUCCCAGGACACCCAGCAUCCACGCUGUCACAAUCUAUCUGGUGGAACCUGGCACAGACAAGAACUAUGCUCUGUGCAAGAUGAUCACUACAGAUAACACAGGACAAAAGGAAAUCCACAGGUCUCCCGUUGUUCUCCUCAGAGAGGAAAACCUCCUCAGAGAUUACCUGUUCAAGUGCACAGACAGUUCAGAGGUCACUCUCACUUCUAUCUAUGGAGAACACCACAUUGCAGUGCCUCUUCAUGACCUAUCAAGACAAACUCUCGGCAUAUUUGAUAUCAGCAUUGGCCAGCACAAGAAAUUACCACCUCAGGAACAGAAAGACCUGCAGAAAAUGCUAAAGAUGGCUCAAGCUGCCUGCUCAGAGAUCCUGUGGAGGUUUCUAGAGGAAAGAGAACCAACACAAGUGCUGGAGGCAGAACAUGUGGCACAUUUGAGGCAUGCAGGGAUUCUGUUCCACCGGUUCAUGCUGCAGGAGCUGCGUGAGUGUGUCCUGAAACUCAGUGCUGAGAGCUUUGCUAGAAUAAAGAGCUGGGCAGAACCCCCAGCUCUGGUACACGAGGUAGUUAAGGCUGUGCUGCUGCUUUUGCAUCCAGACUGGAAGGGCUCAGAGGAGAUUGAGAGCUGGAGUCAGUGUAAACUGAAACUCGAUGACAAUUUGAUUCAGGAGAUUUAUUGUUUUGAUCCAACUGCUUCAUCUGUGCAAGUUCAAGCAGAGCUGCUGCUGGACCUCAUCACUGCUGGUUUUUUGUUCCAGGUGUCCCUCAAGCAGCAGUGUGGCAGCAGAACUCUGCUCCAGCCCAAUACCUGUACCAGUGGCUUCAAACCUGCCUGGCACUCGUGGAGAUCACAAAGAGCCAACACACUGAACAAAACCAUCCUUAGCCCCUUUUGGCAUCCAGUUCUACUGUGCCUCCAAUUAAAUCUCUUAAUUUCUCAUCUAACCCUUGUGAUUCUGGUGUUUCACAUCUUUUAUUAAAUUAACUGUUGAUUUCCUAUUUUUUAUGCAUGGGCACUAGUAUUUGUUGUUAAAAUGGCUUAAAUCUGUUAGGGAUUAUUAGUUAAAAUGAGAGGGAGUCUGUUAAGGAUUACCAAGAAAAAAGCAACAGGAACAUUAAAAGGAAGAAUUUUGCAAGCAUAGCUACCAAA